AUGGCCACAGCUGUCGUAGAACCCAGCAUUUUCCAGACUGAAAUUCAACGCCCUGAAUCAUCUACACAGACCAGGACACUCACCACAGGCCAAGACGUUCGUCUAGCAUGCCGAACUAACACAAUCGCUUUGCCGACAUCUGGCCUGGCCCCAGGCUAUCUGCAAGCAAACCUCAUUGUCCUGCCAUCCCGUUACGCCUCCGACUUCCGGCUGCUCUGCGCGCGGAACCCAGUCCCGUGUCCCCUGAUCGCCGAGUCCGCCGCGCCCGGCUCCUACGACCGCCUGAGAUCGCACAUCCCGGGUGCCCCCGCCGUAGCCGCAGACCUGGACCUGCGCCGCGAUGCCCCGGCGUAUAUGGUAUACCGCGGCGGGAAGCUAAUCAAAUCCCACGCCCCGGACGUCGAGGCCGAGUGGACGCGCGACCACGUUGCCUUCCUCGUCGGGUGCAGCUUCAGCUUCGAGUCGGCGCUCGCGGCCGCGGGCCUGCCAGCCCGCCACGCCGUCAUGGGCCGCAACGUCCCCGUGUACCGGACGGCGGUGCCGCUGUGUCCCGCGGGCGUGUUCGCGGGUGGCGCGUACGUGGUCUCCAUGCGGCCAUACCCGGCGUCCUGCGUGGAUCGGGUCCGCGAGGUCACGAGGCGGUACGGCGCGACGCACGGGGAGCCGAUCGCGUGGGGCUGGGAUGCGGUGAGGCGGCUGGGGAUCCAGAGCAUCGAUCAGACGCAGUGGGGCGAUGCGCCGCUGAUGCUCGACGGGAGGCCACUGGGCCAGGCGUUCGGGAGCGAUGAGGAGGUUCCUGUUUUCUGGGGAUGUGGUGUCACGCCCCAGGAGGCGGUCAUGAGAGCCGGUGCCGCCAUAGAGGGAACUGUCAUGGCGCACGCGCCAGGGUAUAUGCUGGUAGUCGAUAGCAAGGAUGAGGAUGUGGUGCAGGAUGAGUGA